UUUCGAUCGAUUAGUUCGUUGACAUUCCGCAAGUGGCGCCAGUAGACAACGUAGGAUUUUCAUUAUGACAAGUCAGACGAGGUAUUUGUCAAAAGUAAUAAUUUAAACGAUAAAUAGACGAAAUUAGUGUAAAAAUGCGCGAUAAUAUUAAGUAGCGACGCGUUAGUAUUAAAUUAGGCCGAAGAUUUUGUUGAAAUCAAGUGAAAAAUCGUUGUAAACGUUGCGUAGGUUGGGCGAUGACAUUGUACAGAAAACCAAUAUUUUUGUGCGAAUUAAAGGUGAAUGUGGAGUGCUAUAUCGAAGAUUUUCGCGAAAAACACCAGCAGCAUUAACGAGCAAAGUGGCGAGAACACGCCAGAGGAAAUGGACCGAAGAAAAUCCGACAUGGAUGAAACUUUUGUAUCGAGACAGGCGAAACAAAGGGCAUCCAUGAAAUGGCUUCUGUCGAAAGCCUUCAACAACAAAGUUCCUGAAAACCUCCGCGAGCCCUUCUAUCGGGAUCAUGAGAAUCAAGAACACCUGAAACCGCAGAUAGUGGGCGCGCUGGCCAACGCCGAAAUUUACUGCAUGGCCCUGGGAAACAUUUAUUCCGACCCCAACUAUCACAAUUUAAACCACGGUGCCAUUAUAUCGACCUUAACUAGGAAGGGUGUGAACAUGCCGCCCGGGGCCCAGCUCACCGAAACCAUCCUCAUACAAACAAACCCACUGCGAAUGAGCGCUCACAUGGCGGUAGUGGAAAUGAUAAUGCAGCAAUACGCUAAAGAAGUGAUAACCCAGGAGCGAGUUGCUGCGGCUGUGCAGAGAUUCAGCCACGGCAGGAAUCAACCCGCUGCUGUUCCCGAUAAUCAGGAGCAAGGACUUUUGGCGUGGGUAUCCCACGCCUGCGAUGCCCUGAGGAGACGGAUAGAGCAGGAGGAAGGCACGCCAAACGGAGAUGGUGACAGACAUAGGUCUCCAAAUUUUCCCCCCAUCAAAGUCUUGAAAGAUCUUUGUGACGGUGUCGGUUUGGCCGCCCUAAUAUCCUACUACUGCCCCGACGAUCUACCUUGGACCGAUCUGAAAAUUUCCUACCAAACCUCGGUGCAGGAUUGCUUCUAUAACCUCGGUUUGGUGCAGGACUUCUGCGAGAAAUGCCUGCCCGCUUCGAUAUUCCAUCUGAUGCCCGAGGACAUCACCUACAUGACCGAUUCGAUGCGGCAAAAUCUCAUGGUGUUCAUGGCGGAUUUGUUCAAUGUUAUGGAAAUACAUCCCGCGAAAUGUGUGAGGUAUCCUGGCAUGGAUAAACAUUCCGGCGAGGGUCUACCGCCUUCGAACGAACACGGGGUGGUGCACAAGCGCAACCUAAUGCAGCCGGUCGUAACUCCGAUUCCGGACCUGCGCAGUGGCCUUGACGAUGUAGCCGCCGCCACUGCUUUCCAAGUGUCGAGGUCGACCCCCACCCAUCAGCCGAUAAGGAAAACGAACUCCCUUCAGCAAAGCAUGUCGGAAUUGAGCGAGGACAGCCUUCGCAGGGGCUCGGAGGAUUCCUUCGUGGUGCACAGGGGCAAAAACAUACCCACCCUGCGUUCCGUGGUUUACGAUGAACCCCUCGUGCCGGCGCGAUUGAAAGUGAACAAGGAGCGGCAAAAUUCGGACAGCAAAGCCGACGAACGCGGCGAAAUUGCCGCCGGAAGACCGAGCAACUGGGAGGACACCAGGAAAAGCAGUUUUGCCGGCAGGAGGAGCAGGAGGAAUUCCAUGACCGACGACUCGCAAUUGACCAUCGAGAAUUUCGGCGGCAGUCAGGAUAAUUUAAACUUUAUUGGGAGGAAUCCGGACAAAGAGGUGGCUGUUCACGUAGGUAGAAAAAUUUCGGCACCGUCGUUUCCUGUGGCGAUUGAAAAUCCUGCUGUGAGAUCAUCGCUGCAGGAUGCCAGAGGUUCGAUACAAUUAGGUUAUGGCACGGAAAACGGCUGUGAGAAACAGGACAACGGCACGGAAAAAAUAACGAGCCUGAAAAGACAAUUGAGUAGCGAAAGCAUCUCCCUCAAGAACAGAACUGCCAACAAGGAAAAUAUAAUCAAGGAUGCCAUCGAUGGCGAGUUGAAUAAUAGGAUGAGUUUCGCGGAUUUAAACAAACAAAAAAUGUUCGGCGAAAAUCGGGGUAUACAGUUGGUCUACAUGAACGAUAAGGAGGAAAUACCGGCGAAAUCGAGUUUUCUCAGCAAACUCAGCAACACGAACGGAAAUUCGGAAAAGAAGACGACGUUCGCGACGUUGCCGAACACGACGACGUGGCAACAGCAAAGCUCGCACAGUCAGCAGCACGCGGAAAGCAACGGCGACGAAACGAGCGGCAACAACGCCAACAACUCGAUGCAACUGAGCGAUAUCAGGAUGAAGUUGGAGGAGAAACGGAGGCACAUCGAGAGCGAGAAACGCCGCAUGGAGUUGGCCAUGAGCAAGCAGCGCGAAAAAGUCGGCAAGGCGGCGUUUUUGCAGGCUGUGGCAAAGGGUAAAGGUAGUUUAUUAAAAUCGGCGUCCGAAGCCGAUGUUUUAUCGUCGAAAGCACGUAGUCCCACAUCGGGAAGUUCGACACCUAAAAAACCUCUCAGGCCGUUUACGUUGCAGGAGGGUGUAGAUGACAUAUCAACAAUUGAAAGAAAGUGGCUUGACGAAAGUAAAGCUUUCGCCGAACCGAGACGCACCCCCGACUUGGACAACAUGGAUAUGGAAACUUAUCAGCAGUCGUUGGCUCAAAUGAAUUCUAGUCUACACGAAAUAAAUUCUGACAUGCAGCGAUUGGCGUCGCAACACAAUCAAGCGAUGCAAGUGGCGCAGCAGCAAAAUUUGCUGGCGCAACAGCAACGGCAGAUACAGGCGCUUCAACAGCAACACCAGCAAUAUCAGCAACAGAUGCAAUACAACGCCACGCCCCCUUACAGUCCGCAAAUGUAUCCACCUCAACAAGUAUUCGCUCCUCCACUGCAAGCGUCCGCCAGCGCUCCGCACAUACCUCAAACCUACCACCAACCGCCUCCACCAGUAGCUCAAAGUCCAGGGCAAUUCUUCCUGCACGGCGGCGGCGUACAAAUGUCGUCGCCAACACCGCCACCGGUGCCGCAGAGGAGAACCUGGGCGCAACAACCCCAAGCGCCGCCCCAACAAGUCGAGUUGAGGACCUGGGGAAAGCCGCAGCAUCAGCAAAUCGCCGGUAGCGAACGCGGCGGGUUCGUCUUGCACGACAACCAGGAUAGGUUCGAUAACUCGCCGCGGUAUCCAGAUCAAUACGGCGACAACAAGUACCAGAACGGCUCGGAUGAUCGGCAGUUGCACCACUCGAAUUCCUUCACCUUGAGCCAGCAGCACCUGCAAAACCAAGGGUCGCAUUACAACACCUCGCACAGCACGCCGUCCGCCAGCCCGCAGCACCGCAGCGUGCACCGGCAAAUCUCGCAGCUGCUCGACGACAGCAAACGUUCUCCCGUCAGCCUCCAGCAGAUGGAGGCGACGCCGAGGAAGAGCAACGUGACGCACGCGCCGAUUCCCGCGCCGCCCGCGGACGACAUGGAGCCGCAGAACAUCUCGUUCAUCGGCAACUGCGAGGAAGAUCAGCUGCGGGAGGGCAUCGGCCGGCUCAACAUCACCUCCGGAAGUCGCACCUACCGAAUCCCCUCGCCCACGCGACUCCCGAUAUCGAGGAACGUGUUCCGACCGAACGACGCGCCCGAAGCUGCCGCCGCAGCCGAAGCGAGCGGCCUGGACGCCGAUCCGACGAACCAGAAGGGCUUCUACAUCAGCUUCGACGACGAGCAACCCAAGAGACCGAAGCCGCCGCUGAGGAAGAAUCGCGGUUCGCCCAAGAAGGACGGGAGUUUCGUCGAGAGUCCCGAAGAAGCGAUCGAGAGGCGGGAGGCCCAAGAUAGGAAGGACAAGAUAAGGCAGCUUGAAAGGGAGUUGAACGAGGAGAGGAUAAAGAAGGAGGACGAGGAUAGAAGGAAGGAGGCGCUCAUAGAGAAGGAACGCGAAAAAUUGAGGGCGAGGAGGGAGGCUAGUCAAGAAAGGCAGAAAGUGGCAGCUGCUUCUGCCAUAGUCAUAGGAAAUGACCUUAGUAAUCCGGACCCGGAUGAAAUCGAUGCGCGGGAACGGAAGAAAGAGAAAAUCCUCAUGUUGUCGAUGCAGAGGAAGCAACAGCAAGAAGAGGCGCGGAUACGUAAGGAACAAGAAGCUGCGAUUAGACGGGAACGCGAAAAAGAAAAGGAGGAAGAAAAGUUGCGGAAAAAGGAAGAGCAAGCGGCGAGAAGGCAGGCCAUCUUGGAACAAUACAAGCUGAAGAAGGCCAUCGACGAGGCCGAAAGAGAGGGUAAAACUCUGGAUAGGUCGGAACUCAUGUCUCUAAAACCAACGCCAAAAAUGCGCCCAAAAGCGAGUACAAGACCGAGACCUAAAACUAUACACAUUGACAGUAAUUCCGUUCAAAUUGCUGAAGGACUGUCGAGUCGAGGCAAAAAAGGAUCUACAUCGAAUCUCACCGACCGUAACUCAUACAACCCUCAAGGUACCAUGAGGCGAGACUAUUUUAAACGGUCGCAAGACAGUUUAGCUGAUAGAAGCAUGAGCUUAUACAAAGAUUCCCCGGACGACAGCAGGGGAAUGUCGCCGUGCCACAGCGCCAAUCAAACGUUAGGCAGAAGAAGUUCAUACAAAACAAGCAGAGGCUCCAGCACUGAUCAAGACAGCUUCGCCUAUCGUUACGGCGAUACCGACUCGGGAUUGGGCAGGGCGACGCCUCCGCGCCGAGCGCCAUCUCCCGGCAUGGGCAGCAUGCGCCACCUUCCGUCGCCCUCCGGACCCGGAAGUUUGCCCGGAUUGAUGUCUAGAGCCGGAAGGAGGACGUUCGACGAUGGUUCCAGCGAUAUUAGUUCUACUAGCAGUAUGAUGGACUACAAUGGUCCAAGACUGUACAAGCAGCCGGCGGCCAAAUCGAACCGCAGCAUAAUGCUGAACGCAGUCGAGUACUGCGUGUUUCCGGGCGCCGUGAACCGCGAGGCGAAGCGGCGCGUCCUCGAGGAAAUCCAGCGUUCGGAAAGCAAGCAUUUUCUCAUCUUGUUCAGGGACGCGGGCUGUCAGUUCCGAGCUCUCUACUCGUACUGCCCCGACCAAGACGAGGUCGUCAAGAUGUACGGCACGGGGCCCAAGCAGGUCAACGACAAGAUGUUCGACAAGUUUUUCAAGUAUAAUUCUGGUGGAAAGUGUUUUUCGCAGAUCCACACGAAACAUUUAACUGUCACAAUCGACGCAUUUACCAUUCACAAUUCCUUAUGGCAAGGUAAAAAGGUGAAUCUGCCCAACAAAAAAGAUAUGGCGCUUGUGAUUUAGGCCGGUUUUUCUUUUGUUUCCCUCGUUCUUAACGUUUGUUAUUUAGUCAUCAACUCUCUAAUAGUAUUUGUUUGUUAAUGCUUUAUUAAAUGUAAUCAUCGUAAUUAUUUUUUUUAUCUCGUGCGCUAUUUUUGACGCAACUCUUGUGAAAGUAUUUUUUUUUUAACCAUAAACGUUCUUUUUCAUAUUAUGUGCCUUUUGUAUGUAUAUUAGGAUUUCGUAAUUUUUUUUAUAUACCCGGUGUUGUCACCAACAACAACUUUUUAUUUGUGCCAAGGAAACACAAAAAGUUUAAGCGAAUUGAAUGAAUUAUGUCUUUACUAGUACAUAAUGAAAAUUGUCCAUGAAAAAUACAAUAAAAAUUCUUAUUAGUGUCAUUCCAAUUGUAUUUAUAUAGAUUAGACAUGCAGGGCUGUUUUUCGGUAACAUCGGUCGAUGUCUGCUUUCAAUAAUGAUAAAUAAAUUGAACUAAUAUUUUUAAUUAAUUAAGGAACUCCGUUGAAAGCCUACAUCGACGUUUUACCGGUUUUAUAAGUCACUUAAGAAAAUUUUGCUUAAUUAAAUAUUUGUAAAUUGAGAAUUUUGUUUAUAUGGUGCACUAGCCUUUAACUGCUUAGUUUUAUUUUCUACAAAUUUGGUAAAAAAUUAUAAAUAUAUCUAGUAGAUAUUAUCUACUGUUAACAUUUUUUUCUUUAAGCAAAUCAUAGUUUUUUACCCAAAUCAUCUUUGUAUGUAAUAUUUAUUUAAUACAGCAUUAUUACACUAAUCGUUUCUCUGUAAAUAUUAUGUUUUUAUAAUAUAUAAAUAUUUAUUAAUUAUACACUUGUACGAGUUCAACACUCAAAUGUCAAAUAAAUA